AUGUCGAAACACAAUACUAUGACUUCGAAUAUAUCGGAGAUGAUGUCUCAGCAGCAGCAGAACUUGCAGCAUUUGCACUCGUUGCAGAAACAUACCAGGAGUCUCACGGACUACACGAACACUUAUCUGCAGAACUUCCAGCAGCAGAUGCAGCAGCAGCCACAUGUGCAGGUGCAAGGCGCUGUGCAGGAUAACUCACAACGCAACCCACAGCUGCAACAGGUCAGGACUUAUAGCGGUAGCAUGAUGCUGCCCAACGGGUACAACCUGAACGGAGCUGUGAACCAAAGUGCCAACCCUCCACAAGUGGUUAUUAACCCAAGCCAAAACAUGAGCACCAUAACCAGUAUUGAUAACCCUGUACUGCAACAACAACAACAGCCACAACAACAGCCACAACAGCAACUACAACAGCAACUACAACAGCAACUACAACAGCAGCAGCAGCAACAACAACAACAACAACAACAACAGAUUAAUAGUCCAACACCGCUCUCUCCACCAAUAGGCAGUACAAUCCAGCAACCAAUACAACAGUUACAACCUCAACAGCAACAACAAGGCAAGAAUUCCUUCACAUCAAUAACUUCAAAGAAUAUUCAGAACAACAACCAGACACAGUUAGAUUAUAGUACCAAAGCGAAAUCACCCUUAGCAGUGCUGAUACCGACCACAGGACAGCCCACCGACGUAUUAGCCGCAAGAUUCUCCGCGUGGAGGAACGUCAUAAGGUCAAUAAUAGUCUAUCUGACCGAAAUUGCAUCUAUAGAGGACGAGAUCGUCAGACAACAGCUCAGACUGUCACACGCUGUGCAAUUCCCUUUCUUCACAAUAGAAAACCAGUACCAACCUACAUCAAGCGAGGACAGAUACACACAGAAGUUCUUCUUGCCACUGGGCAGCGGAUCAGUCCAGGACUUACCUACCAUCCUAAAUCAGUACCACGAGGCAUUAGCAUCAAACGCUUCAAACGCAUCUAGAGAACUAACGAACGACGUCAUACCGAGACUUGAGGACUUGCGAAGAGAUUUAUUAGUAAAGAUAAAAGAAAUCAAGUCUUUACAAUCAGAUUUCAAGAAUUCAUGCGCAAAGGAACUGCAGCAAACUAAACAGGACAUGAAACAUUACAUAGACUCUUUGAAAGAAGCCAGAUACGGCACUCCUAAGCAGGACCCCUACCUUGCCAAAAUAGCAUUAGAUAAACAGAUUAAGAAACAGUUGAUCGAAGAAAACUUUUUGCAUGAAGCUUUUGAUAAUUUGGAGACUUCUGGUGCUGAAUUGGAAAAAGUGGUUGUCAUGGAAAUACAGAAUGCUUUAACCAUCUAUGCGAGACUAUUGGGACAACAAUCACAGCUGAUAUUUGAUAUUCUAAUAUCAAAAUUGGACAUGGGAUUUUUUAAUAUGAACCCACAAUACGAGUGGGACACAUUCAUCUCCCGUGAUCCUAACUUUUUACAACCAAACGUGCCAAUGAGAAAUCUCAAGGAAAUAACUUACAAGUACCAACAUGAUCCAUUCACAUAUGAAAUAAGGUCAGGUUACUUAGAGAGAAGAUCGAAAUUCUUAAAAUCAUAUUCAAAAGGUUUCUACGUUUUAACUCCUAAUUUUUUGCAUGAAUUCAAAUCAAUCGACAGAAAGAAAGAUCUUGUACCAAUUAUGUCAUUAUCUCUUAACGAAUGCACAGUUACUGAACAUUCCAAGAAGGGCUCUCAUGAAGCCAAGUUCGUCCUUCAUGGGAAGCAAAACGGUUUAAUAAGAAGGGGCCAUAAUUGGGUUUUUAAGACAGAUUCGUAUGAGUCCAUGUUGGAAUGGUUUAAUGAUAUCAAGGUAUUAAGUUCAACUUCAAAUUAUAAGGAAAAAUGUAAAUUUGUUCAAAACAAAUUAAAUUUAGAUGCUGAUGGCAAGAAACUAACGAAAAUUAACAUAAAUGAGAAUUCUAAUAUGCAGUCCCCAAAUCCUAACGAAUCUUUAAACACAAUAACUACACCUGGUCGUGAUAUUGGAACCCCCCAAAUAUCAAUUAAUAUCGACCAGAACAUUAAUGAACCAGUUACUCCAGCUCACAUGACUGAGGAUAACAUAAGCGAAAUGGCUGAUAGAUCUACAUAUAUCAGAUCAUCGACCCCUAGAUUGGAUAACCAAACCAAUACUAAUACAUCAAUGUCAUCUAUACCAGAUACAAAUACAUCGGAACUUCAUGCAAAUGGUGGAGGUGUUUAUAUACAAACUCCAUUUUCUAAAGAUUACUAA